CAGGUAGUAAGGUUCUGCAGGGUGUUUGGAGUAGUUGUAACAUGGCAGUGAAAACAGGCAUAAUUUUGUUGUUAGGCUGCAUUGAGUUAUUUAUGGUGCAAGCUUUUAUGUUGGGCAGGUUCAUGACCGAGUCCUUUGAUUAUGCUUACCAAAAUAAUGAAGGCUUCAGUGAAGAUGUGUCUGUGCAGUCUGUAGACUCUGAUCAGGAGGCUUGGCUCGGACAGCACCAGAAGUAUUCUGUCUUUUGUGGUAAAGAUGCUGUCAAAGUAGUUUUGCCCUCAGGUCCUCUUUCUGAGGUGAAGGUUUUGGGCUCAUCCGUUCUGGACCCAGUUCUGGAGGUAACAAAAGAAUGUGGCUACUCUCUGACAAAGGAAUGGGGGAACAAUGUUCUUCAUGUCAGCUUCUCUGGUUGUCAUGUCACUGUUGAGGAGGGCAGAUACACUCUGCGACUGCUGUAUCGUAAUAACAUGGGAACUGCUGAGGUUGCCACAGUGUCAUGUGAUGCCAACUCUGACGUGGCAUUGCGAAAACUCAGGGUCCCUCGAUCAAAUGGCCAAGGUGACUGUCCACCGGCUCCAAUGCCAGAAUUGACACCAUAUCGAAAGCUGCCUCAGAACUAUACUAGAGCAGGCUGUGACAUUCCUACUACCCAAAGAUUGCCCUGUGGUCCUUCUGAAACUACAGCUAUUGAGUGCAUGAACAAAGGAUGCUGCAUGGAUGUGACUGAUUCCUCCUGUUACUAUCCAAUGGAUCAAUGUACAGCUGAUGGGCAGUUUGUGUUUACUGUUUACUCUAAUAUCACAACUAUCCCUGUGAGCCCCACAAGUUUGAUUGUGGCAAACAAGGAAUCCUGUAAACCUGUCCAUGCUACCAAUGAAUUUGCCAUCUUCAAGUUCUCUGUGACUGAAUGUGGGACAAAGACUUAUAAUAUUGGCGACACUACCGUUUACAUGGCUGAAGUGCGGACAGCCAUCAGAGCACUUAACCUCAAGUAUGGCGUCAUCACCAGAGAUCACCCUGUCAGGGUGAUGGUUGAGUGUCGAUACUCAAAGGUCAGUCCAUCAAUGAUGAGGGCAACUGCUGGCUACAUGCUGAUGAGCCCAAAUGUGCCAGCCACUGUGAGGUCUGGUGGACUAUAUGGUGUUCAGCUCAGGAUUGCAGAUGAUGAGACCUUCUCUUUGUUCUCCCCACAUGGUCAUCUGCCCUUGAAGGUUCUCCUGGGUAAACCAUUGUACCUGGAAGUGAGAAUAAAUUCCCCAAAACCUGAGGCCACACUGCUAGUAAACUACUGUGUGGCCUACACACGAUCUGCUACAAAUGCCUUGGUUCUGCUCUAUGAAGGGUGUCCCAUCCCUGAUCUUUCCUCUGCACAGUCUUCAUUCCUCCGUGUACUGGAUCUGCCUCAGACUCCUCACCAGCGCCGCUUUGUGGUGACAGCCUUCCAGUUCAUGAACGUGACCACUCAAAAAUACCUCAAUGAGGAGAUUUACUUCAUGUGCUCCACUGAAGUGUGUAUGCCUUCUGAGACUCCAUGUCGCAGGACAUGCUUUGAUGGGAAGGCAUAAUGGCUUCUUUCCAGUCAAAGGUGGAUACUGAUUGAGCUUUCAAUAUAUUCAGUAUUAAAGUUUCCUUUUUAAACCUCUCAUGUAA